AUGAUCACUAUGGAAUUGCAUAAAGGAAAUGUUUCGUUGCUCAGUGUUCCUUAAAACAAGAAUAUUUUCAACACACGUAAAUAUACAGUACAUAUAUUCAUCUAUAAUCCAUUUAUUAGUUCCUCAACUUUCUACCCAAAACAAUAUUCACAGGAAUAGUCAGAUUUGGAAACAUCUAUCUCCUUGCCAUAUCAUUGAUCAUGCUCAUUGAUCCCACUCUUUCCCCCUUCUAUCUUUGGAUCACUAUCUUUCCAAUAGGACUCAGUGUACUCAUUUAUGUUUUAAUUGAAUUCGUACUUGAUAUUCGUAGGCAAAGUCAGGAUCACAAAAUCAACAUGCAAACAACUUCAAGAGGAGCCAAAGAUGGUUCCAUAGAAACUAUCAAAUGGAGUGAUAUUCAAAUUGGAGAUGUUUUAUACCUAAUUAAAGGAGAUAUAGUGCCAGCCGACAUCAUACUCUUAGAUACUGGAUAGGUAAGAGAUCGAGAAGCCAUUUGUAUGGUAGAUACUCAAUAUUACAAUGGUAAAUCAAGUCUAACCAAAAAGAAAUCAUCCUAUCUAACCUAAUUGAUCGUCUUGAGAACCAGAUUAAAGAAUUAAUUCCCAGAAUACAAAAAGAUGUUAACUGGAAAAUUAGAAUACGAAGCACCUAAUGGAGAUACCCAAAGUUUUUAUGCUAGAUUGAAAUUGAAAAAAGAUCCAAAAAACGAAGAAUUAACAAUAGACAAUUUCAUUCCCAAAGGAACUAAAAUUAAAUAGACUUCCUGGUUAUUUGGUUUAGUUGUCUAUGUUGGCAAAAAUACUAAAAAUAUGCAAAGUAGUCAUUACGAAGCAUAGAAGCAGAGUUUUGAAGAAAAACAAUGCAAUUUCUAUUCCUUCCUUAUGGCAUGCUUAUCAUUAUUUUUUACAUUAAUAUCUAUAAUAGUAUUACUAGCAAGAUCUGAUGAAAAUAGUUUUGCUUUAAUAAUAGACAGCUACACAACUAAUGGAAUGAAAGUAUUUUAACUGGCUAUACUGUAUGCUCAGUUAAUUCCAGCUACUUUGUAUAUAUUGUUUGACAUAGUAAAUUUCAUAUCAUUAUUUAAAUUUGAAAUUAACCAAAUUGAAGAUAACCUAGUCAAGUAUGUGAAGAUCAAUUCAUCAAAUAAUUUAUGUGAUUUUGGACAUGUUGACUAUAUGUUAAUAGAUAAAACAGGCACAUUAACUACUUCUUACAACAAAUUAGAUAAUUUACAAUUUGGUUAAUUAGCUUUCAGUUUGAAUUAUGAUCAAUUGCAAUUAGCAUUAAACUAAAAGUACACCAAAUAGGACGAUAUUGAGGAACCCUAAAACAUAGUAAGCUUGAAUGACAAUAAUGAAUAUUUGAUACCAUUUGAGUAUGAUAAGAAGACUCAUCAUACAACAGAAGGCUAAUCAAAUGGGAAAUUGUUACUAAGGAGCGUUAAGACUUCUAAUAAUAAUCCAAUAUUUAGUUAAAUCACAGCUCAGCCACAAAAUAAAAGGUUGACCUUUCUCAAUAUGGAUGCAUAAUACUAAUAAAGAUACUAAGAUUAUUCAUAAGGAAGAAUGUUUUUACCUCAACCGAAACUUAGAAACACUCCAGGAAAUAAUAACGAUGAAUUCAUGCAAUUAGUUAAUUAAUUGAAAAACAGUUCUCCAUAGAAUGAGUACAUGUAAUCAAAAGACAUAAAUACAUUAUAUUAUGAUGCUUUUUUAAAAUGCUUGAUGUUAUGUCAUGAAGCAAGACCAGUGUUUGGGGCAGAUUCAAUAACAUAUGAGUCCUUUUCCAAGAAUGAAGAGAUAUCAUUAACAUUUGCUCGCUCUUGCGGGUAUUAAUUAGAGAACUUUAAUAAGUUUGAUAGUCCAGAUAUGUAUUUAUGUAAAGUGGGGGGAAAUUAAAUUUGGUAUUAAAUAUUAGGAUUAAAUUUGUUUACUUAUAACAGAAAUUUAAAUUCUGUAGUAGUCUAGGUACCUAUGACUAUGGAUCUGGAAUUAGGUUAAGAACAUGAAGCUUUAAAUUAACUCUGCGGAGAAGGAUCGAAAAAUAAAUCAUUGUUAAUUUGUAAGGGAGAUUAUGAAGCAAUUAAGUUAAAGUUGUAAUUAAAUCAUAAGGAAAGAGAAGAGUUAGAUGCUUAUAUUCAACAUUAUAAAGUGAGGGGUAUAAGAAUGAUAGUAUAUGCAACUAGAGUGUUGAGUGAAAAAGAAACAGUGAACUACAAGGAAAAAUUUAAUUUGUUGCAUAGUUCUUUGACUAAUUAGGAUAAUUUAUUAGAGGAAUUGGCUGUGGAAUAUGAGAAGGAAUUAAAUUUAUUGGGGAUGAUAGGAUUCAAAGAGGAGUUAAAGAGUGAUGCAUUAGAUUUCAUAAGGACUGUGAAAGAAUGCAAUAUAAACAUUUGGUUAUUGAGUGGAGAUUAAGAAGCAUAGACAAUUAGUUGUGCUUAGGCUUUGGAGAUGACAGAGACAUCUAAAUAUUUAAGAAUCGUAGCAAAAGACAAAGAAUAGAUAUGGUUAUAAAUAAAUACUGCUAUAGGAUAGAUAUAAAGUGAAUUGCAGAAAAUACAAGAGAAGCAAUUAAUUAAACAAUAAGAGAAACACUAAUAAUAAUAAAUGGGUAGAAGCAUGAUUAAAUCAAGUGUAACAUUAUUUGAAGGGGCAUCAUAUUAGUAAAUAUUAUAAUUUGUAUUGGUUGUAAAUGGUCAAUCGUUAUCAUUAAUAAGUGAAUCUCCAGAUCUUAUGAGUCAUUUUAGAUUCUUGUCAUGUGUUUGCAAGAAUGUGAUAGGAUUCAAUAUGAAUCCAUAAUAGAAGGAAUUAGCUUGUAAUAUUAUCAAGGAUUAUUUUCCAAAUAAACCAACAAUUCUAGGAGUAGGAGAUGGCUACAACGAUGCUCUGAUGAUGUAAGCUUCACAUGUCAGCAUUGAAAUAAUCAAUAGCAAAUUAAACCAUAUAUAUCCAUAAGUGAAUGCAGGAGACAUUAGUGUGAAUACAUUAAGAGAGAUAAAAGUAUUGUUGCUAUAGAAGUGUAAGCUGCAUUCGGAACGUGUAUCUUCUAUGAUAAUAUACUUAUUUUAUUGUGCAGGCUUUUUAGGUAUGACACUCUUCUUUUUCAAUUGGUUUUGUUAGUUUACUGCUACUUCAUUGCAUGAUUCAAUGACAGUGUUUUUAUUCAUAUUCUUAUACACAACUCCUAAUGCUUUGGUAAUUGGAUUAGCUGAUUUACAAACUAACCCUUUGGUAAAUAAAAAGAUUCCUACCUUAUAUGUGGAUGGAUAAAUCAGAACCAGGAGGUUUGGAUUUUAUUAUUUGAUUGAGGCAUUUCUAGAAUCAUUUUUAUCAGCUGCCUUCACUUUUUAUUCAUGUACUUAUAUGGUCAACUACGCUUGGACCAAUGAUGGUCAUCAGAGUGAUUUACAAAUGGUAGCAACCAGUAUCAUUUAUGUUAUAAUUACAGUAUCCACUCUUAAGGUCUUAUUUAGAUUGAUCAAACAUAAAGUAAAUAUUGUCAUUAUAGUUUCCUUAUUCACAUUUGGAUUAUUGGUUGGGUUUGUAUUUCUUAAUUAUAGAGGAAAAUUCAGUGAUUUCGAUUACUAAGAAUUGACUUAUCAGUUGUUCACUCGAUUUAACAGUAUAGUUGCAAUGAUCUUUUGUUUAUUUGGAUGUUUCUUUAUAAACUACUUCCUUCAUGAUUUGAUUAAACUCAAUUUGUUUCCAUCUGCCUAUUAACAAUUUGCAUUUUACAAUAAGGAUGGUACAUAAUGGGAUAACUUAAAUCACCAACAAAUAUUAAAUUAAUGUUUAGAUCAACAUGUGUAACUAUUCAAUAUAAAUUUAGUAAUGUCUCGACCAUCAUACAAAACGUAUUUACUGACUGUUCCACCACUUCUCCUUACAUUUCGGAAAUGCUCAAUCCAGGAGAUACCAAAGUGACUGAAAUGAAACUGAAGCCUUUGACUUUGGAAAUGAAGGAGUUAGUCCUUGAAUAAAAGUUCCUUGCCCAUAAAUUGUCACAAUCACUCAAUCAUUUAAGGUUCUUUUUAUGCGUUUUAUUACUCUAUUUCAUAGCAUAUUGCUUAACUGAUUUCUUUAUUAAUGAUCUUAGAGUAUUCACUGGAGUCUAUUAUUUGAUUAUCUUUGGAAUUGUAUUCCUAAUUUUAUUGUUCACAUUCACUUCGAUUAUGGAAUAGCAGUACUAUACUUAUUCACAUUUGACUGUUUUGAUCAUAUUUGCAAUUAAAGUCGCAAUCGAUUGGUUAUCAGAUGAUUUAACAAUUACUUUAUCUGCAACAUUGGCUAUACUCUUUAGUACAUUUAAUAGCAUGAAUAUGACAGUAAUUCCUAUUAUGUUAUAUAACAUCUGUUAUUUAAUACAGUUGAUAGUAAGAAUAUUAAUUAUUGUUGUAUCUACUGAUCUAAGCACUUCAAAUGGAACAUACACAUAAAGUAGGAUUUCUGUUUAUGCUGCUUGCACUUAAAUAUUGUUGGUGGUCAGUAUUACAAUAAGAUUUUUAUUCACUUAUUAUAAAUCAAUAAAGCAUAGAAGAAAUGACUAUUUAGCGAAGUAUUCAAUUGAAUAGGACAAUAUGACUGCUUAAGACAUUUUGAGUAUCCUUGUUCCCAGAUUUGUUAGACAAUAAAUAUAAACUGGUAUCUAUUCGAUGCAAGAAGCUCAAGAUGAUGUCUCAAUCUUAUUUGCUUAUAUUUGUGAUUUUGAUACUAUUAUGAAAGAGGAAGGCAAGAAUGUUGUAUUAAUGUUGGACUCUCUAUUUCGAUUAUAUGAUAAUUUAUGCAUUUAACAUGGAGUUCAAAAGAUAGAAACAGUAGGAUACACCUAUAUGGCAGCAACAGGAAUCAAGGCUUGUGAGUAGAAUAUGACUGCUCAUGUGAUUAGAAUAGAGAAAACUAUGAGAUUGGUCAAUAUGGCAUUUGAUAUGAUGUAAUAAGUAUAAGGAAGAAAGUAUGGCAAGGGCAAUCAGAUAGAAAUGAAGAUAGGAAUCCAUGUUGGUAGAGUUAUUGCAGGUGUAAUUGGGCAUCAUAAACCUUAAUUUUCAUUAAUAGGUGAUCCAGUGAAUCAGACAAGCAGAGUAGGUUCUACAGGGGAUACGGGAGCAAUUACUUUAAGUGAAUAAGCUUUUAAAUAAGCCAGACAUGGAAUUAAAUAUUACUCGAAGAAACAGAAAGAAGCUAAGGGAUUAGGAAUAAUAGAUACUUAUCAAGUUUUUAAGACUAAACCACCUGGUUAUUAAGUACCAAAGGCAUUUCUACUUUGGCAGAAUUGUACAAAGAUUGUCGUGAAGGAUCUAAGAUCAUAGAAGAGUCUAAGGUAAAUAGUACCAAAAAAGGGUCAAUUCUUAUCCCAAUUGCAAAACUCAAUUUAUGUGGAUAAUAUGAAAUAGUCAAAUAGACUAGAAAUAUCUCCAAAAGGUCCUUAAACAGUUUAACUUUUACUGCCACAAAAUGCUUCUUAAGAAGUGGAUAAUAAAUCUAAAUAAAAUUAACCCAUUCAACCAUUGGAAACUGCAUUAACUGAUGAGUCUGUUUUUAUAUCAAAUGAUUAGGAUGAGAAUGAUCAAUUAGAUUUAAUAAAACCAAAUUUAAUUUUGUAAAUACCUUAAAAUGAGAUCAAGGGCAACUUCAAUUAAAUAUUGAAAGAGUAGAAUUUAGAAGAAUCCAAAGUGGGCAUUACAUUUUUAUGGUUCACUUAUUUCGUAAUCACCUUGUUAUCUAUAAUAGUUCGUAAGCUAUUCAAAUAUGAUCUUCUCAUCUUUGUAUUAAGAGUACUAUAAUUAAAUUAUAAUUUAGGCAAUAUUUUUAAUCCUGGUAAUAGUGUUAUUCCCAAUUUUAUCCAAGGCCUAUAGGAACGUAAUAGUUAAUCUGAUGUAUUACCUUCUAUUGAUAUAUGCUAUCUUUACAGUCUUGUUCUAGGCCUACUUGACUGAUAAUUCGGAAGUAGCUAUAAUAUGUCUAUUGGAAAUACUGUAUAUAAUGAUUGUCACCUGCUAAUUUAAGAUGUUCACCUUCUUUUAAGUGAUAGUCUACAUGUUCAUAAUGCUAGGCUUUUUCUUGGGCUUUUACAUAGCAUCAGAUUUAGUGACUCAUUUUGCCAUCUUUUACAUUUGUUGUUGUAUGUUAAUUCUACUAUUGGGUUAUUAUUUGGCUAUGAAGGAAUAGAUUCAAAUGUUCAACAAUCUGCAAAUCAAUGAGGAUAAGAAAGUAAAACAAAUCAAUUUGGUGAGUCAAUUAUUGCCAAUGCAUUCAUAUUUGAAGAUGAAGAAUAGUUCAAUAUAUGACAAGAGCGAUUUCAUAGAUGAAUUUGAAGAUGUUACUCUCUUAUUCGCAGAUAUCAAAGGGUUCACAGAAUAUUCUCACACUCAAACUCCAGAAGGAGUUGUAACUAUGCUUCGGGGUCUAUUUACAGAAUUCGAUAAAUUAUGCUAAAAGUAUAAUGUUUAUAAGAUGUAUACCAUUGGUGAUUGCUAUGUUGUUAUGGGAUUCACUAACAGUGCCAAAAGAAAUGUAAAUAUCUAUAACUUAUAUUUCAUAGCCUAUUCAAGAAGCCAUCAAUACAGUCAAGAUGGGAUUCUAGAUGGUUGAUAUCAUCAUGUAAGUGAGAUAGAAGAUUAAAUUUGAUAAACUCAAUAUGAGAAUAGGCAUUCACACAGGUCAAGUUACAGGAGGGAUUAUUGGAACUGAUAUCGUGAGAUAUGACAUUUAUGGCAAAGAUGUCUCGAUUGCUAACAAGAUGGAAAGUAGUGGAGAAGAAGGCAGAGUGCAGGUUUCAUAAACUACUAAAUAAAUGAUUGAGAGAGCAGAGAAACAUCCUUUUAAAUUUAAAUUCCAUCAUGUAAAGAUUUCACAUUUAUUUUAGGAUGUUGAAUUAAGCAAAUUUAAUAUGACCACUAAAGGUUAUUUGGUAGAAUGGGAUAAGGUAAAGGAAGAGGCAAGUUUUGAAUAAUCGUGAC